GGUAGUUUUAUUGUCCUUUUUUUAAAAUAAAGUUUGUUUCAAUAGGUGACCGAAUGAUUUGAAAUAGCCAACAUGAGCUGGCUGCGGAGUACUUCUCUGUCUUUUGCUCGACAGCUUUCUCGUUCACUCGAUCCUCGACAUGACUAUGAACCUCAAGCAUGUUAUAAUUCAUUCUGCAAACAUUGGCAACAAGCAAAUGAUAUCAUAAUUAAAUCUCAGCCAAAACACCUUCAUGAUGAUGUUCUCGGUGUAGUUAACCACUUGGAACAGCUGGGUACAUUAUUGGUACUCGAAGCCAGGGCAAAAGAGAUCAAUACCACUAAUAAUCAUGCUACAUGCUUGGAAUAUCUACUUGUUGAAAACCUUCUGGACAAAUUGUAUGAAUGGGCUUGCUGCACAGGAAAAUAUGAAAAUGCUGUGCGACUCGAACAGUUGAAAUUAUAUGGAAUUCUUAUCAGUCACUAUAGUACACAGAUUAUUGCUGCAGAACCAUUUCUCAGGCCGUUGUUGAAACUGCUCAGUGGAUUUAGAAACGAGUUGUCUUCGCCUAAUUUAGAAAAUCAAUUAGUGACUGUACUGAACCAAUUAUGUGUGGCCUUGAUGCAGAACAUGAAGUUCUUAGAUUUAUUCUUCUUGACAACGCAUACGCAGGAUGGAUCCCAAGCAGAAUUCAUCAUAGUGCGGUUGCUCCUAGCUUCGGUACACCGGGAGGGCAGCACUGGAUCAGCCGCGCGGGAUGCGCUACUACUCUGCGCUAACAUGUCGUCCCGGUGUACUCAGCUCGCCGAGUAUAUGUUGACUGGCAACACUUGUCCUGUAUUAGCUACGGGUCUAAGCGGUUUAUAUUCACUUCUACCUCGAACGUUAAGCGAAAAAGUCCACCGACUAACACCAGACGAUGUUAACAACGUGAACAAGCUCACGUUAUUCAUCGACUCUCUGGAAUUCUGCAAUGCUGUUGCCCAGGUAGCACAUCCGUCCAUAAAGAAACAUCUACUGGAUCUCCUAUACCAGGGGUUCCUUGUGCCUGUUAUGGGACCAGCACUUUUGCAGACGAAAGGGGGCCCGUUGCAGAGUGGGGCCGGCGAGCAGGCGGCCGCUAUGGCGUAUCUAGAGCUGGUGUUGAGAUGCGUCACGCGUAGGGGCCUGCUUAAGGCGGUGCUACACUUUCUGUUCGUGUACGAGUAUGACGGUGUCAGGAUUGUUGACGUACUGUUGAAGAGAUUGGAGGGGAAUUCGCAGCUAUCUUUAGUGUCUUUGUCAUUGAUGGAGACACUCGUCGACCUGAAUUGUGAGGAUGUGAUGAUAGAUCUGGUAUUGAAACAUCUAUUGAACGGUCACCAUUUAAUGGUGAAUCAAAGGCAUAAGAUAUCGGAUCCGGAGCCUUACAGAGAAGCCGCUGUGGCCUUCCUCAGUUUAACACCUAGAUGUUGCACCAGGGCUUUAGAAAAAACUAAAGAAUGGGUGGACGAAUUAGCGCACACGGGCAGAAGAGUUUUAGACUUCAAGCAAGAUGAUGAUAGUAAGAGAAUAAAUGGAUACCAUGAUGGUGGUAUAGCAAUGAAGAAUCUAGUCCAUGAAGUUAGGUUUAAUUACGGGAACCCCAACGAAACUUUAUACGCUAAUUACCACGCUUAUUUAUGCGACGCGCGGUUUGAAAUAGUAUCACGCACAAUUGCUUGUCUCAACUGGUCGUCGAAAUACCACAAUGUGACAUCACCGAAGCGAGAAACAAACAAUAACACAAAAGAAACGAGAGAGAUGGAUAUACACGCGCUGAAAGAGCAGGACAGUUUGAUAUCGUGUACUAGCGGUUACGAUACGUUAAAGAAUAGUGACACCAGUGAAAAAGAACCUCAUAGUUUGACGUCACUGUUAGAACAAGAGACAGAGAAAGUAAAUGCAGAUUUGAAAGAGCAAGAUUGUGUGUCGUUAGGCGAAAGUAGUGAUUAUGAAAGUUUUAGGUAUAAGGAAGAAAAUGACGAUGACAAUUUUGUUGAAGAUAUUUUUAAGAAGAGUUUUUAUAGAAUCGAUAAUGCAAUGGAGUUUGAUGGUGAUAUGACAUCGGUUAGGAGUUGGAAAGCGAGCGCUGAAUCAAUAAUCGGCCCGCUUCUGAGCAGUCUCCUAAAGAAAGUGGCCUCGUUCCUCGAGUCCGAAGUGAUGGUGAACGGUCGAGUGACGAGCGUCGUAUCUAAGCUGGUAUCCCUGCCCACUCCACUGCUGACUUCGUUACUGCUCUGUCCAAAUUUCGUGCUGCAACCUAAUGUGCCUUCAUUGUACCAGAUUUUAAAUAAAUUAAGGGAAGAAGUGGAUGAACUGACUAAUGGAUUGGCCAAUACCAUGGAGCUAGUAGACAAGGCGCGAGUGUUCCUGAUACAGAGAGAGAUGGCAUUAGUCAACUCGCGAGCGCCAGCGAGUGAAGACGGUUAGUUAUAUUAUUAUCAUUAUUAUCUAUUUAACAGAAUCUAAAAUAUUAUUAGUUUUUAAUCUACCUUUCUACUAACUCAAGUACCUGCUGAUGUCGUAAGUAGGAUUUUUUUAUUGUUAAGAAACUUUAAAUUAAUAAAAUAGAUUUAAUACCUUGCUUUCAAUUUUGAAUCGACUUGUAAUAGUAUUGCUAUCUACUAACUGUUUAUUUUAAUCUAAAAAGUCAUAAAAUAAAUAUAUCCGACAAAUAAACACGUUCCUUGACAUUAUUGUGAUACAUACACAAAACCUUUACUCUAUGCACAAAACAUAUGCAUAGAGUAAAAGAUUUGAAGAUGCCAACGAAACACUAAAAAUUCCAUCUAACGAUCGAUUACGAAAUAAAAAGAUAUAAAUGAGCCAAGAACGGCGCCAUCUACGAAUUCGGUUUAUAAUUAAUAAUCAUAUCUUUAUGACUAAUAUGAUAGCUGUCGCCACGGUGGCGUCACACAAUGGCGGGUCGUGUUUCAAGUGACGUGACACACAGACAAAAAAUCACGACUUUUAAUAUUAAGAUAAUCGUGCUAUUUUAAGAUUCAAAAUCAGAAUCUCUAUGUUUAUUACAAUGUAAAUAUUAGUUUUUGUGCAUUUUCGUGAUUUAUUUUUUAUUACCGAAACUACCCCAUUAGUCCACUGUGUCACAGUAAUGGGGACGUUAAUAGGCUGAUGAUGAUGAUGAUGAGUCACUUGACAUAAUUUGCUAUAUAUUAGGACAAACGCGUACGGACUCUUCAACGCUUAAACCCGAAGAUUCUCCGUCUCCAUUUCGGAGAGUGGAAGCUAAAAGACGCAGUAUAUCAUCAAGUUUGUCUAACAUGUUUGGAAGAAGACCUUCAGCAUCACCAUCUCAGCACAACCUACAAAGCUUACAACCCACAGUGUACCAUGCUAGUCCGCAGAAACGCCUCAAUUUCACACAGGAGGAAUAUUGGAGUCAAUCAGUAACAUUACGAUCUAUACUGAACGCGGUUUUGCUAGAUGAAUGGCUGAAAGAGCUAGCGGCUCUGUGCGAAGAACACGCUUUAAGGCUAUCAGCUGAUAAUUACGAAGAUGACACGUACAUACGAUCAGUUUCUUUAUGACUGAUGGCUAGUGCCGCGGGCGGAUUCAACAGAACAGCAUUGCGUGCAUCGGAACGCUCUGACGUCACAUAUGUUUAAGCAUCAUGUUCUUGUUUCUCUUUAUACAGUCGAACAAGGCGUUCUGUGUGAUAAUAAUUUAUAUUUUUACUAUACGAUGACGAUGAUGUAUUUUGUAUCUUAAAUGGCGACAGUAUAGAGUUUUGUAUUGAGUGCUUGCCAAUUUUAUAAAAUGAUUUUACGUUGACAAUAGGGAUUAUAACUGUUUUGGAAAAACUUUUAUUAUUUUUAUAAAGGAAUUAAAAAUUUCUUUCCGUAUCAUAUUCGUACGCAACACGUACCCGUUCUGACGUCAUGUCGGCGAAACUCUGCAACUGUUGAAGCGAUUGUAGUUAAAACGUAUUUAAGAAGUGUAUAAGACAUUUCUUUCUCCUACAGAUCACAUUUUUUUUGUAAACUAUGACGUCAUAUUCUAUGAUUGGUGCUCGUUAUAAUAUGGCUUAUGAGUCAAUUGAAUUAUGUUUUUCUAACUACUUUUAAAAUUGAAUACAGUUGAUAUCCCUAUUUAGUCAUUUUUAUAUUGGAAACGAACACACUUAUAGAACGACACAAUGCAGACAAAUGAAUAAGUAAUUUUCAUUAUUAUUUAAGAAACAAUUUGUCUUAUGAACAAACUUUAAUAUUAAGACUAAGUACACAGUGUACCUACAUAAUUAUUUAUAAUUUAUUAUGCCUUUUGGAUAUCAAGAUAAGUCUUAGUUUUCAUCGAAACGCGAAUGUAAAUAAGAUUUCUUUUUUAUACCUUUAAUUACGAUUAAAAUAAAAUGUUUCAAUGCGGAAUUGAAAAUUGUGCUUUUUGGAAAUUAUAUUAUUUUACUUUUUAUCCAGAAACUAAGCAAAGCAGCACAUCAGGUUUAUUUCUUAAGUUGAUUUCAAACCUAAAAUAUUUUACAUUAAAUAGUUUGGGGAAAAUCCAAUGUCCUGUCCAUGUUAAUAGAUAAAGAAUAUAUUAAACUUCGACAGUGAGACCAGAUCUUUACUAAACGAGGGUCAAUUUAUUUUAAAUACAAUGUCCUCAUUAUCACGUGGAACGUGAUGUGUUUUAUAAUUUGUUGAUUUUAUUUUUGUUUUCACGUGAAAUGUGAAAUGUCCUUUUUUUAUAAGAUAAUUGCGAUUGAUUUUCAAGUCUAAUAUACAAUUUUAGUAUGUUCAGAAUCAAUUAUAGAUUUGUUUUAAAUCUAUAAUUGAUUCUGAUAUAUUUCAACUGUAUAAAUAUGAAAGUGAUUUGAUUUUUUAACUUUACUAUUCAUUAUAGAUAAGUAAAAUAUUUAGAAAAAUGUGAUAAAUACGGACAUUUCAUUCAUAAAAAAAAAUUAAAUCAUCUAAUCAGAACAUUAGCGACAUUUAAAACGAGUAUUCUGUAGUGGUAUCCUGCUAUAAAAACAGCCUUGAAGUCGUCGUCGAAUGUAACGCGUCGUAGCUUUAAAGAAAUAAACCUUGAUUACGUUUUGAACUAGGUUUUAUUUGAUCGAACCUGCUAUGACAGAGCUGCAUCCGACAAAAAUUUUAUAAUUAUUUUAGCGACCGCGUACAUCACAUACUUAAUUCUAAGUACCUAAUAUUAGUUUUAAUAUUGUUUUAUUUUACUUGCUAAUUAUUAUUAAUGACUUUGCCAUCAAUGUAAUUUUGAACUGUGAUCUAGUGAUGUUCAAAAAAAAAACAGAUUAAAUAAUUACAAAUUUAUUGUACAUAUUCAAAUUUUAUAAUAUUUUAACAGUAUUUUGUGACUUACUUAUUUGUAAUAUUAAAGUCUUAUCAAUGCUAGUAUAACCUGUAAUCUGUCAUUUUUUUUAAAUGAGUUAAAUAUACCAUUUGAUAAAAAAAAUUUAAGCUGCACCUAUUGGUAAAACCCAUUUCGUUUUUGUAAAAAUUAUCAGUUAACAGGUUUUACCAGCACGUGUACGAAAUAUUAGUUUUAAAAGUACACUUUCAUGCAUUACAAUUUCUUUUAUUUUUUGUUUACUUUAUUUGAUAUGUUAUGAACUUUAAUUCAUUGUCAUUUGUAAUGAUAACUUUUGACAUAAUUGUUAGUUUUAAACUGACAACUUUAUACUAUUAAGUUGUGGCAAUACUUAUGCUAUUUAAUGUUUCAUUUUGCUCAUUUUAUUGAAAAUAAGGGAAACUAAAAGAAAUUAUUAUUAUAUUUUAGAAAGUUUUAUGUUUUUCGUUUAUUAUUUUCGUGAAACGUUUUUGAUUAUUGAAAGUUGAUUAUGUAAAAUUUUAUUUCUGUACUUUCAACUUUUGUCGUCCCUAUCCGUCCAGGGGUUGAAAUUAUUUAUCUAAAGUGCUUCCCGCGUGAUUAUGUAUUUUAUUAUUAUUUGUUUAAAGUUCAACUUCUGACUAUGUAUUUGCAGUGUGUUUAAUGUGUGAAAGGGAUGAAUAUUCGUACCUUUAUUCGUUAGUCAACGAUGGUUUUUUAAUAAAAUGAGUUAAUUUAAGUUGUUGUAUUAUUUAUGAUGUUACUCCCUACAAUGUUAUUCCGAA